ACGCUCCACUGUUUGUCGGGUUGGUUCUGAGCUGCGCUGGUCACGCGCAUUUGUCGUCGCGCUGUCCGGCCGGGGCGUCUUGGGCUCUUCUAUCCACUUUGUAUCGGCGCGUCCACGGUGAACUUUUACCCUCAAGAUGGACCACUUGAAAACUUCGGAACGCGUUUCCCACACGUCCUCGUUCAGCAUCAGCAGCCUGUUGUUUAGGCGAGAGGCGGCGAUGGGCGACGCGGACUCUCCUUCUCCGUCCCAGACGCCGCGCUCCGCGCAUCCAGGGAGACGCAGUCAGGAGGAGAUCCGUGCCAAAAACUGCGUGAACCCCGCGCUGCGCUCCAAAGCGGAGAGCAAAACGGAAACUUCGGAAGGAAAACGAGAAGAAGCAGAAGAGAGCGCAAAGCCUGAGAAACCUCCUUUCAGUUACAACGCGCUCAUCAUGAUGGCGAUCCGCCAGAGCCCGCAGCGACGGCUCACACUCAACGGCAUCUAUGAGUUUAUCAUAGACAACUUCCCAUACUACCGGGAGAACCGGCAGGGGUGGCAGAAUUCAAUCAGACACAACUUGAGUCUGAAUAAGUGUUUCGUUAAAGUGCCGCGCCAUUACGACGACCCGGGCAAAGGGAACUACUGGAUGCUGGACCCCUGCAGCGAGGACGUCUUCAUAGGUGGCACGUCGGGCAAACUGCGGCGCAGGGCCGCGGCCGGCUCCAGAACCAAGCUCGCACUGAAGAGGGGAGGAGGUCGUCUGUCGAUGUCCUCCGGCACUGCCACCAGCGUGACCUUGGCGACGGCGGGUUCGUUUUAUUGGCCCGUGCCGCCGUUUCUGCCUCUCCAAGCGCCGGUGCGCACUCACCUUGGCGCGGGGACUUACCUCGGCGCUCACCCCCGGUUCCCGAGCCACGCCACGUCGACGGCGUCACAGCCACGGUCCCGAUUGGGCGCAGCGGGCGCCGCCGACGCCAACCGGUUCGUGCAGACGCGCCAGGAGAUGUCUUACUUUGGACUCAGUUGCGCGCAAUCCCGACGCCACCAGAUCGGCACAGCCUGCACCGCCUUCUCCACGUCAAUGCCGGCGCGCGCUCUGCCGCUGUCGGAUCCGUACUCUUUUAACAUGAUCUCCGGACAGGCCAGCUACUUUUACUCUCACCAAAUACCAUGCGCCGCGGCGUUUAGUCCGUGCCAAGAGGAGCGCGUCAAGACGUCUCCGGGACAAUUCCUAUCCAAGAACGGCCACUCAGACCUCGGCGGGUUUUGUCAUGACUUUCCAAAUUACUGUCCUCAAAGCCAUCCUUCGUCUUGGGUUAUGUAAAAAUGAAGAGUGUGUAUAUCGUUAGGAAGUUGGACAAUAAAAAGCCAGAGCAUCUCACCUAAAGGAGUACCGGCGACAUUUGCCAAAUAAUGUCAUUGUAGGGACAGAUAUGGCCUCUGGGUCUCUCGCUUUGUCCCCAGAAUGCUUAUUCUGCAAUUUGUGUGAAAUUAACAUCAGUUAGCUAAAGAAUAAACAACACGAGUCCGGGUUUUGAAAGUGACACAAAGGUGCAGAAGAUACGUUUGUAUUUGCGCUUCUGUUAUUUUAUAACACGUCAGUGCAUCAAGGGACGGACUCAAAUCAAGCAUCUUGUGUAAUUAAUUACCACUUGGUUUGCAUCUCUUAACUAAAACUAUACCCCUGUAAUUUCAAACACUCACUUUUCUCACGAGUUACAUGCAUGCACUUGGAGUAGAAAUGUGUGAUGUUUGCGUGCAUGUCACAGUUUUAGGCCUGAUGCCAUCAUCUGAAUUUACCAACAAAAUACAAUGAAAUGUCUUUAAGAAAUAAAUUCAACGAACAACAAAAUGAUAAUUGCGUCUUCUUUUAAUUUACCAGCAUGUGUUUACCGAAUGUGUUUAAAAUGAUGGAAUACAAAUAUUUUUAUUUAACUGCAG